AUGAGCAAGAAGGCCAAGUCCAAGCCUAAGGCUGCCGUCGUGGACGAGAACGUCGUCACACGGCAGAUCGUCGCGACCAACUACGGCAAGGCCUGCAAAGCCAUUGGCGUCCAGGUGAAUCCUCAAGUGAACGAACUUUUCCGCGGCAAAGAAGAGGAUGGAGACCUUGUGAACUUCAUCCUCGAGGGCGAGGACGUGGGAACGCUAGGCCCUGGAGGUGUCCGAUUCAGCAAUGGACCGUACACCCAGCUGCGGUACAUUCGUAUCUGGAAGCAGGAGGUCGGCAACGAGGGUGCCGCUGCAAUCGCGAGUUUGCUGCAGGCCACUUCGGGAGUGAACAUUGCGUAUCUGGAACUGUUGGACUGCGGCAUUGGGGAGGACGGAUGCAGGGCACUGGCGGAUGUGCUGUCCCAGCAGAAAGCACCUGGACUACUCACACUCCACCUCGACUAUAAUCGGGAGGUGGGCGACGCGGGCGUAAGCGCCCUUGUCGACGGGCUCUUCAACAACACAGCGUUGAAGCAACUGCACCUCAACUAUUGCAGUCUCGGGCCGGACAGCUGCAUCAAGCUCGCUCAGCUGAUCGCCAUGCCGACCUGCGCGAUAGAAACCCUGUCACUUCAGGGCAACAGCGUGGAAGCUGACGGCUUGCAACACCUUUCACUGGGCCUCGCGCGCUCACACAAGCUGGUCACACUCAACUUGUCGGACAACGGCAUCCGCAACAACAUCGAGGCGCUCACAGCUUUUCGUGACGGACUCCUUCGUGGCAAGGCUCUGGCGAAUGUGGACUUCACCUUCAACCUCAUCGAGCCCGAAGGCGCCAACGUCCUGCUACCAGCUCUUGCUCCCGACAACACGAAACUUCUGUCCUUCCUGGUGGAUUCUUCACUUCCCGGAGACAUCUUCCAGCAGCUCAACCGCGCGCGCAAGGCUGAAGGCAAAAAGAAGGGGAAGAAAGGAGGCGGCAAGAAGAAGAAAUAA